AUGGCGCUCUCCCAGGUCACGCCCUCCCUCUUCCUUAGCGGAGCCGACGCCCCCCUGAACGGCGCUCUGAUGUCACAGAAAGGCAUCACGCUGAUAGUGAACGCCACGCUAAGCCACGCCCUCCCCGCCCACCCGGGCGUGGAGUGUCUGCGCGUUCCCGUCAGCGACCUGCCGUGCGAACGCCUCGGCCUGCAUUUCGACCGCGUGGCGGAGCGUAUCCAUGACAACCGCGCCGGAUGCACGCUGGUGCAUUGCGUCGCGGGGAGGAGCCGCUCCCCGGCGCUGGUCAUGGCGUACCUGAUGAGGUUCCGCGGCGCCACGCUGCGCCAGGCUCACCGCCGCGUCCUGGAGAGCCGGCCCUGCAUCCGCAUCAACGCCGGUUUCUGGGAGCAGCUGCUGCAGUACGAGAGGAGGCUGUACGGCCGCAACACGGUCCGGGUGGAGCCCGAGGGGCCACAGGGGCCUCACCGGGCCACCGCUCCGAUGAGCAGCCAGUUGACAUCUAUACCCAGAUCUCCUGUGAUGUCACGCUCUCAGGUGAUGAUGUCACCACAUAAAUUAAUAAGAGAAUCUACCGUGUCAUCAAAGAGCAACAGAACAAUUUACAAACUGCUGUGAGUGGGCGGAGCUACAUUACCUGGACAAGUGUGGAGCAGCUGUUCACCUGGCCAGCAGCCUGGACCACCAGAACCAGUAACUGGACCAGAACCAGUCUGGGGACAGGAAGUGAGUCUGUUCUGUUCUGCUUAGUUUUGCUGCUGAUCAAUAAAUAAUUUCCACCAGAGCGUCUCCUUGCUGUUCCUCACCACCACCAGCAGGGGGCGGUGUGGCUUCAGGGGAGGCGACCUGUAGAAACUGCAGUUCCGGUUCAGAGGUGGAAACAACCCUAAAACCUCAUAAUUAUCAACCUCUUCAUUCAGACAACUAAUUAUUCUGCAGCUCAUUAGAUAUUUAUGAUUAUAAAAACAUGGAGAAUAAAAAAUCAGACAAAUUAAUCAUGUAGAUUAGAAAACUGAAGGUAAGUUAAUAACAAACAAAAAGAGAGGAAAAUAUUUUAUUCAAAAUACAGAACAAUUUUAUCAGAACCCAAAAGAUCUUAACGGUGGCUCUUGGGGGCCCAGCAGGUUGUGCUGAGGGAACACAAACACAGGGUCCGUCAGAACCUGAAACUUGGUGGUGGCAGCAUCAUACUGUGAAGAAGUAGUGGCGGUUCACCUUCCAGCAGGACCACCAGAGAUAUAUGUAGGUUCUUCUGGGUUCUGGAUGUGACUGACCUUGGAGGUUCUGCGGUUUCUCCUCGGUUGGCGAUCCUCCUGAAGAACUGCAUGGUGACGGCGCCUCCUGCAGGACACACAUCGUUAGCACUAGCGCAGUAGAAUGAUCGCAUUCACCACCUUCGUCAUCACUUCCCCUCAUACAGGGAAGGAACUGGUUCCCCCAGCAGCAGCUCCCCCUGGGCCAGCCGCCCCCA